AUGCACAUGUACAUUUGCAUGUGUAGCCGAAAGGGGAAGCAUCCAUUUUUUUUUUCUCUGUUUUAUUAUUAUUAUCAUUAUUAUUAUUAUUUGUUUUCUUUUUUUUUUUUUUUUUUUUUUAUUAUUUGCAUGGAGAAAAGGGUUGUUUUUUUUUACUGCGUAAUGAUGACACCACGAGUCGCAAGUGAAGACUGCGGGGAAAAGUUGCGCAUCGCCAUCCUUCGAGUCCGACUGCUGCUUGCAUUGCACGGGCGGGUGAGCGGUGAUGAUAAUCCCGGGCAGGAGAGUGCAAUGCACGCGGGAUCCGUAACCCCGUCACCGCCACGGCAGCGCACCGUGUGGGCGCACAGCGACUCCCUCCACUCGGUGGAUCUCGAGGAGGGGAGCAGUGACAGGUGUCAGCUGGAUGCGAGACGGACGCGGGAACAAGCACAUGAGGAUCAUUCUCAGGAAGUGAAGGAGGAAGAGAAAGGGACAUCCAUCACCGCACAGGCCUUGCCGCUUCCGCCGCUGCGCUGGCAGCUCCCAACGCUGCGGCAGCGACAGGAGGCGGUGGAGAAGCGACGGGAGAGGCGACAGAAACGGACGGACCGCGGUCAGAAGCGGGGUUGGUUCGCAACUAAUCCUGUCGCCGCUGCCGCCGUCGCCGUGUGCGGUGACAUCGACGACGCCAAUGACGACCACCAGGAUGAAGAAAAUGAUCGUCAUGCACGAACGAGUAGUUCCUCCGCGUUCACCUUGACGGGUGACCGCAGUGACAGGAGCAGUUCAAAGGACACAUAUGCGGCCUCCCAUGCCUCUACGGACGAUGUCUACAUUCAUGAACUGGCGCGUGGGCAUGAAUCGACCCUUAACGCUUCCAGUAAUUUUCAUCGCCGCUGGGGUUCUGCCUCACUUGGCCAGGGUGGAACAAAUGCGAACAGUUUAGCAACGCAUUUGCGACAUCACUCGGCUCUUCUGGCUGUCGCAGGUGUCCACAGUGAGAGCACGGCGGUCACGGCACAGUUGGAGUUUGACAGAAUUGGUGCAGGCGAAGAGGCACCAUAUGCGUCGUACCUUUUCUCCCCUGAGGCGCGUAUUGUGGACCUGAGCAUGUUGCCGCUAGCUGCCGAAAGAAAACAUGAGGGUGGCGAGAAGAAGGCUACAGCGGAUGGGAGUCGGAGCGGUAAUGAUUCGUGGCCCUUGCCGGCCCCGCGGAACACCGAGCUGGUCGCUUCUGCCCCUGAGAAAGAUGGAUGCACGCGGGUGUGUUUCUCCCCAGAAGGGGACUGCUACAUUGUAGGCACAGAAUGCGGCAAACUGUGGUUCGUGCAGGUGAGCGUCAAGGCCGGCCAUAUCGUCAGCACCACGGCGGCGAGUCCGCUUCCGCUUCACGGUCACAGCGGCGCCGUGACGGACAUUGCCUUUGACGAUGUGGGCACGUGUUUUGCCUCAUCGGGGGCUGAUGCCUGUGUCAUACUGUGGAAUCAGCGAACGCCAUCCAAAGUCCGUCGCAUCAACACCGACGGUGGUGUGCCGGUCGCGGUGCGGUUUAUGCCCAAGAAUAAUAACUAUCUCCUUGUCUCCCUCCCGAGGCAUCACCUGCUUCGUCUUUACAACAGCUCCACAGGGUUUCCGGUGACGCGCAAGGGGCAACUCAUACGCGUGGAAGCAACAGCGCUGGUAAUGGAGCCAUGCACCUAUCCGUUUCUCUUCCUGGGAGACGCGCAUGGAGCCAUCACCGUGUGGCGAUACCGUGUGAGUAGAGUGGACGACAUCGCAUGCCCCUCCGUCGUGAAGGAUGUGAAUGAAGCGAUAAAAAGAUCGCAGCCAACAACGUUGCCACAAUCAUUGCUGCCGCAAGUGCCGCACCUCUCCACGCCAUCAUCAUUACACAGCGCGGCGACGGCGGCAGGACAAUUCGCCGUCGAAUCGCACCUCGAACAUGAGAAGCGGGGAGAGUUCAUGCCAUCUACAAUAACGGAAGGUCAGUCACAAUUUGAGAAGGUGGCAGGGUGCGUUGUAGAGAAAGGGACACCUGUGGCUUCUUUGGUGGCGAGUUCCAUGAAUCACCAACAGUUUCAUUGCCUUUUACGCGCCCAACGCAUGGGUCAAGAAGCCCAUGAGAGAAGCACGGUUAAAAAGUGGGCGGCAGCAGCACUUGGAGGCGGGUGGAAACGCAAUGAAGGAAACAUGGUAUCUAACAAAAAGGAUGGUAAAAUCUCAACCAGAUCGGCGUACGCUGUUAUGUUACUCGCCUCAUUUCCACGGGAUCGAUUGGUAGUACUCUCUGUUCAGCCAAGCAAAUCUACUCCUCAUGAAUACAAGUUGGUUCCCAUGCUAGUCAUCAUGGGCGCAUGUCGUAUCCGUCAAAUGUCGGUGGGCACUUCGUUUUGUGUGGACAACACGCGCUGCCCUACAAUAUCGUGUACCUGUGAAGAAGGAUUCGUUCAAAUUAUUGCCUGCACCCCGGCACGCCUGCCGGCCCAGAAGGAUGAGAACGUAAAGAAAAGCUGUCUCACGGGCCAAAAACCGGUUCAGUGGAGUGUCAUGGCGACUCUGCCGGUGCCGUGCGGUGGCAUCCCACGCAGCUUGGCGUGGUCACCCGAUAUGGGACUUCUUGUAGCAGUGACGGAAGAAGGCAUCCUGUAUGAGUGGCGGCGCGUGCGUCUUCAUCUUGGCGUUCCUCAUCCCGGCUAUUAUCGCAGCGGCGGCGGCGGCGGCGAGGAGCACUGUCGGGAUGAUGACGACUCCACCGGUGGCCCCCGCGCGCUUCACGAGGCGGACGAAUGGCGUAUUUGUUUGCAGCGGGAAAAAGAACGACAAAUGCGCCGCUACCGAGCCCAGAGGGGAACCGCUGACUCCGACGAUGGCUCGCUAAGUGGCUUGGACGACUUGUGGGCGAGGAGCGGGGACUCCAUGAGCCGUAGCCCGGAGCAAUCGUCACGUUAG